AUGGAGUACGAACCCGACGCGGCUGGGAGUGAAUCCUACAUUCUCUGUGCCGACUGUGGCACAGUCAUCUCGUCCGCCAACGGCGCCGGUCUCUGUGUGGGAUGUCUCCGUAACUCGGUCGACAUCACUGAGGGUAUCCCCAAGGAGGCUGUUGUCAACUUUUGCCGUGGCUGUGAGCGCUUCCUCUCGCCUCCCCAGACCUGGGUUGCAUGCCAGCCCGAGUCGCGUGAGCUUCUUGCCCUCUGCCUGAAGAAGAUUGCCCGCCCAUUGCUGAAGGUCCGCCUCAUCGACGCUUCGUUCAUCUGGACUGAGCCCCACUCGCGCCGAAUCAAGCUCAAGGUCACCAUCCAGAAGGAGGUGCUCGCCAACACUGUCCUCCAGCAGACCUUUGUCCUCACCCUUACCGUCCAGACUGGCCAGUGCCCUUCGUGUACCCGUCUUGCCGCCAAGAACACUUGGAAGGCGUCCGUUCAGCUCCGCCAAAAGGUCACCCACAAGCGUACUUUCCUGUUCCUCGAGCAGCUCAUCCUUAAGCACAAUGCCCACAAGGACACCAACUCGAUUGCCGAGAAGCGUGAUGGUCUCGACUUCUUCUACACUGAGCGUAACAACGCCAUCAAGAUGUGCGAGUUCCUUGCCAGUGUCGUUCCUGUCCGUUGCAAGGGCUCGGAGCAACUCAUUUCGCAAGACACCCACAACGGUACCGCCAACUACAAGUUUACGUACUCGGUUGAGAUUGUCCCCAUCUGUAAGGACGACCUUGUCGCCAUCCCCCGCUCGCUCGCUCGCUCGUGGGGUAACAUUUCGCCCCUCACCAUUUGCUCGCGUGUGGGUAACUCCAUGCACCUUCUCGACCCCAUGACCCUCCAGCAGACCGACGUUACCGCCCCUGUCUACUGGCGUUCACCCUUUGACCCCCUUGCAUCCGUUUCCGACCUCGUCGAGUUUAUUGUGCUCGACAUUGAGCCUUCGGGAGUCCAGCGUGGCAAGUAUGUUCUUGCCGACGCACAGGUGACCCGCUCGUCGGGCUCUGGCCGCAAGGAGGCCGAUGACGACGGAAUGGGCGACGACGGUAUCUACCACACCCGCACCCACCUCGGCGCCUUCCUGCAGCCCGGUGACACUGUUCUCGGCUACCACCUCACCAACUCGAACUUUAACAACGAUGCGUUCGAGGCCCUUGACCAGAGCCGCAUACCCGACGUGAUCCUCGUGAAGAAGACGUACCCCAACAGGAGGAAAAAGUCCAAGCCCAGGAACUGGAAGCUCCGCUCGAUCGCCAAGGAGGCCGAGGAUGGCACCGAAGGCAAUGUCGGCCGUGGUGCCCUUGGCCGUCGUGGUGGUGUGGACCAGAAGAACGUCGAGCGCGACUACGAGCUCUUCCUUCGCGACCUCGAGGAGGACCCCGAGAUGCGUGCCGCCGUCAACCUGUACAAGGCCGACGAGGCUGCCGCUGCCGCCGCCGCCGACGACGAGGAUGGAGAUGUGGCUAUGGGUGGUGCUGUCGCUGGUUCGGGUAUGCGUGGUGGCAAGCGCCGCGGAGGCGCUGCCGCCCAGGCCGCGGCUGUUAUGGAGGUCGAGGACGACGGUAUGGGCAGCGACGACGACGAGGAGGAGGACUUCCCCGAGAUCCAGCUGGACGAGCUGCUGGAACACUUCGAGGAGAUGGGUGUCAACGACGACGACGGCGAGGAGGUUCUUUAG